AGCGCGGUUUCACUCGCGCCGCGCCCGCCGCUCCGCUCCCGUCCGCUCCGCACCGCUCCCCGCUGGAGACUGUGCGGGUCCGACGCGGAGCCGCCCUUCUCCAGCCAUGGCUUAGCGACCGGCUGGCCAGGAAAAUGAGUUUCCACGCGGAGGACGGCGUGGGCAGCCUCUGCCACAAAGCGCUUCAAAUCAUUUCCGAGCUGUGCCUGGGCGGGCAGGUGGAGCGAGAGAAGUGCGCCGGCAUCUUCCCACUGGAGACCGCCCGACAGGGCAUCGGCGGCACAGACAUCUCAGUCAGUUUGUUAGCAGUAGUCGUCAGCUUCUGCGGGCUCGCCUUGCUGGUAGUCUCACUUUUUGUCUUUUGGAAGUUGUGCUGGCCCUGCUGGAGAAGCAAACCUCUCACUUCCAAUGCCAGUAAUGUCCCGCAGAGCACCUCCAGUGCUCCUACAGAGGUUCUGGAGACCAGUGAGAAAAAGGAAGUUAAAGAAAAUGGGAAACCUACAACAAAGGUACUUGAAGCUGCACUGAAAAUUAGCCACACUUCACCCGAUAUACCAGCAGAGGUCCAGAACGCACUGAAAGAACAUCUGAUCAGACAUGCACGCAUGCAGAGACAGAUCACAGAGCCCACGUCAUCAUCAAGGCACAAUUCUUUCAGAAGGCACUUGCCGAGGCAGAUGCAAGUGUCCAGUGUUGAUUUUAACAUGGGGACAGAUCCAGUUUUACAAAGGGGAGAGACGACAACCAGCAUUGGGAGAAUAAAACCAGAACUCUACAAACAGAAAUCUGUGGAUUCUGAUGGGCAACAAGAAGAUGUGAAAACAUGUGGAAAACUUAAUUUCACUCUCCGGUACGAUUACGAAAACGAACUUUUGGCUGUCACAAUUGUCAAAGCCUUAGAUCUGCCUGCUAAAGACUUCACAGGAACAUCCGACCCCUACGUUAAGAUUUAUCUGCUUCCAGACAGGAAAAAGAAGUUUCAGACACGAGUUCACAGAAAGACAUUAAACCCUGUCUUUGAUGAAACCUUUCAGUUUCCUGUAGCCUAUGAUCAACUCAGCAACAGGAAAUUGCAUUUCAGUGUUUAUGAUUUUGACAGAUUUUCUAGACAUGACAUGAUAGGAGAAGUUAUUCUUGAGAACCUGUUUGAGGUCUCAGAUCUCUCCAGGGAAGCCAAUGUAUGGAAAGACAUCCACUGUGCAACCACCGAAAGCAUAGAUUUGGGUGAGAUCAUGUUUUCCCUUUGUUAUUUGCCAACUGCUGGGAGAAUGACAUUAACAGUCAUCAAAUGCAGAAAUCUCAAAGCAAUGGAUAUAACUGGUGCAUCAGAUCCAUAUGUCAAAGUGUCACUGAUGUGUGAGGGUCGAAGACUGAAAAAGCGGAAAACAACCACAAAGAAGAAUACACUCAAUCCAGUUUAUAACGAGGCCAUCAUCUUUGAUAUUCCUCCAGAGAAUGUGGACCAGGUCAGCCUCUCCAUUGCAGUGAUGGAUUAUGAUCGUGUAGGGCACAAUGAGGUCAUCGGAGUGUGUCGGACAGGAAUUGAUGCUGAAGGGCUUGGAAGAGAUCACUGGAAUGAAAUGCUGGCUUACCCACGUAAACCAAUAACUCACUGGCAUCCAUUGGUAGAGUUACCUGGCCGAGCAACCAGUUUUGAUAGCCAGGGAUCUUGUUCAUCACCAAAACCACCACUUACACCCUAGGGAACAAGCGUGGAUUCAUCAUAUUCAGUGUCCAGUGCUCCCAUGUAGCUCACAUCUACAUAAACAGGUUUGGCUUUCGCAGAUGAACUGUAUCCAUAUUUUUGUAUUAAAAUACUUUUUCCUAUUCUAAGUCUUAUAUUACAGUUUAUAAUAAUUUCUUACCUUGAGAAUGGAGUUGACUUGAGCCAAAUAUAAUCUUUUCUCAUAAAAAUUCACUCACCUGUUUUGUCUCUGGCAUAUAUCCAGUAUCAUAUCCAAUAUAUUUGAAUAGACAUAAAAAUCAAAAAGAAUAAUCCCUGAAGUAAUUCAGUACCACUGCAGAUUUUGAUGCUUAAUUCUUCUGAGUACAAAUAGUCAUAUAUGAUUCUUGUAGAAAAUCUCAUAUAAAUUGCACUAAAUUUGAUAUGACUUGUCAAAAAAAGACUUCAAGCUGAACACUGCAUGAAAAAA